UGGUAGACUUUAGAUUGUCACCGUGUUUUCGUUUUUAUAGAUUAAUCUUCGUAUUUUUAAUAAAGUUUAUUUAAACAUUUUUAGAUAAGUGCUAUUAAACUUUUUUAAUCACUGGUAAAAUAACCAAGUAAAUACGGCGGUACGUCGAUACUCCGACACAAAUUUUGCAAAAAUGUCACUCGAUGCAUUAGUUCUUUGUUUCUCAAAAACUUCUCUGUUUAAUUCGGAUUUAUUGUAUUCAUUGUUUAUUAAACCUAAUUUUAUUUAAAAAUGAAAAAUAUUUAUUCAGUUAUUGUUGCGAUAUCAAAACAAUUAAUAAUUCAGUUUAAAAUGAGUUGCAAAAUCGAAAAAGGUUUUUCAAAUGCUCCAUUUGGUAUUCGGUCAAAAAGAUUUAACGAUUUGCGAGUUCAUCCACGUCUGAGACUUAAAAAUAUAAAUAAAAGUAAUUUGGGACCCGGAUCUUACGAAUUGACCGAAAAUAAAGAGAAAAGAAUUCAUUCGUCGUGGACUAAAGCGUUAGAAGACGAAGACUUUUCUCGACUUCCUCAAGUUUUUAGAAAGGAUUGGUACCUUUAUACGAAAGACGAGCCAAAUAGAAGAGGUCCCGGAAAAUAUUUACAACACGACGUCGGAUAUAAACUUAAAGGUUUUUCUAUAUACGGACCUUAUACCAUUUGCAGUAAACGAUUCGAGGAACCAAAUACACUGGAAAAUCCGGGCCCGGGAGCUUACGGUAAUCCUUACGAAGCAAUAGAGAAUGCAAAUUUAAAAAGAUCAACGAAGAUAAAGGGAAUUAUGAGCAGUGAAACGAUUGUUAAAAGAGGAGAAAAAAUUUCGAAGGAUUUUAAAGGACCGGGAUUAUAUGAAAUUAAAUCAUUUACUAAUGAAGUAUUAAAUAAGCUUGUCAGUGUAAGAGGUCCUUAUGAUUUGUUUAGCGGUGAACGAGACGAAAGUAGUUUGUACGGUUAUCAAAUCAAACCGUCUAAAUGCUCUUUAAAUUUAUCUCCCGGGGUUUAUCGUUACGAAUAUUUCCUGGAAAAAUGGGAAGAUGUAUAUAGACGAUAUAAUGGGAAAUUUGCCAAAGCUCCACGUUUUAUUCAUAAAAAAGAGGUCUUACCGGGACCAAGCGAUUAUAAUGUAAAAUUUCCUAAAGUAAAAGAAGACAUAUUACGAGGGGAUAAAGAAAUUCCAUUUUUGUUUACGGCAAUUCGUCCUACUCUAUUUGACCGAAUGCCAACUCGAAGUGGUCCCGGAUCUUACGAAAUUAAACGAGACCCUAAAGAGAAAAACGGGUGUAUUAGUUCAUUUAAAUCAUCCAGGAAAUUUAUUUCUCAAAACCACAAUUUAAUCAGCAAGCAUAAGACAAUAGCUCCUUGCUAUCGCCAUCUUUUAAAGGAAGAAUGCUAAUAAUAUGAUCCAGACUUACAAAUUUCUUUACAUUAAAAAUUUUGAAUUUUUUAACAUUACAAAUUUUGUAUAUAUAUAUAUAUAUUUUAUAAAUAAUAAU